AUGAAUGUCUUGCCUACCACGACGGUCUUUACCAUCCUCGCGAUCUUGUUUGUCCUCGUCCGGCUGUGGACGCGGAUUUGGCUGAUCAAGAGCCCUGGAUAUGAUGACCUGCUUGUCACUCUUGCAUUGCUAUCCUCCAUCACCUUUUACGCAUUUAUUAUUGUCCAACGCGAAUAUGGCCUUGGUGUCUCUCGACAGGACCUACCACAGGAGGACAUUCGUCACCAGAUGCUAUACCUCUGGCUUUCCAUACCCUUUUACAACCUCUCUUUGGUUCUUUCCAAGCUCUCCGCACUCGUGCUCUAUGCCCGCAUCUUCCGCUACCGCGGCUUCCUGAUCGCCAACUAUACAUUGAUGGCCUUCCUCAUCGUCGCAGGCCUAUGGAUGGUCAUCAGCGGCUUCGCUUUCUGCAGCCCCGUCAGCGCAUUCUGGUCUGGAUCGAAGCUCUCCGUACAGAAGCAUUGCCUCCCGACAGGACCAGUCUGGUUCACCAACGCCGGCAUGCAAAUCUUCACGGACGUCGUGAUCCUGGUUAUGCCAAUGUUCAUCCUGUCCAAACUGAAGCUCCCCAAGCGCCAAAAAGCAGGAAUAAUGGUUGUUUUUGGUGUCGGCAUCUUCGUCAUCGCGACUAGCUCCGCCAGACUCUACGAGCUAGUAAACAUGGUCAACGACCGCGAUUUCACAAAAACGAACCAAAAGGCAGCCGUCUGGUCCUCCCUUGAAGCAAACGUUUCUAUUAUCUGCGCAUGCCUUCCACCACUUCACCCCUUCAUCUCUCGCAUCUUCUCCUUCUGCUUCCGCCCUCAACCCCUUCAUUCUUCCCCCGCAAACAAACAAUCAUCAAACACAACCGAACUCACAUCUACCCGCCGCAUGUCCCGCAAAACAUCUUUCUACGACUCUGGAAAGGGUCCAGAUGGUGGCAUCUUCUACAACGACGUCUUUUUCUCCGGUCCUGGCGAAUACUCAGCCACUAUUGCCAAGAUGGACAACGCAGAGAACAAUACCACGAAAGAGGAGCCGGAAGGCGAUCCCGAUGCGAUUCGUGUUGUGCGUGAGCUCAGGGUUGGGUCUGAUCCCGUGGCGCCAAGCAUGACUGUUGUGCCUGAUGGCACGCAUGAUCGGGAUUUUGAGGCCGAGCUGAAUAGUGGAAGUGGCGGUGAGAUUCCUGGGGCUUGGAAUACCGCUAUUGAGUGGGAUUUGGGGGAUUUCGAGUUCCCGGAUUAUAAAGAGCGGAUGAAUGCUCCCAUUUGA